GAUCUCUAGUCGUAAGUAAUGUUUGUCCUGUUUGGGAAAGAGGCUUGAGACACCUCAGAAAACUUGACCAGUGAGGAAGCAGCAAGACACUGUGAGAACAAGAUGCCUGUGGAGUCGGAACCAGGUAUGCUGCCUGCCAGACCUCAGUUUCCUCAGCCGUUCAGUGAUGAUACCAAUGGCCUUGUCUGCUAUUCCCCUAAUCCUCUGUGACAGGGAUUGUUCGGUGUGAAAGACAGCUUAAGUAUGGUGGUACCCAGUCUUCUCACUUUGAAAAGCCCCUCCAGGGUGUUGUGGGAGCAGGACGGAGCCAGACAGCCCAGACUCCGCGUGUUCUCUGCCUUAUCUCCCGUAGCUGCCUCCGGGAACUGAAGGAUUGCCAGGCAACCUUGCUCCUUGAACCUCAGUAGGCACCAAAGGAAUCAGGCCCAGCCACUCAGGACCAUGGUUGGGCUUCAGCCUUCAGAAGUGCCUCCGACAACAGUUGUGAAGUUCCUAGGGGCUGGCACGGCAGCCUGUUUUGCUGACCUCCUCACCUUCCCCCUGGACACUGCCAAGGUCCGCCUGCAGAUUCAGGGGGAGAAUCCAGGGGCGCAGAAUGUACAGUACCGCGGCGUGCUGGGUACCAUCCUGACCAUGGUGCGCACUGAGGGUCCCCGCAGCCCCUACAGUGGGUUGGUUGCUGGACUGCAUCGUCAGAUGAGCUUUGCCUCCAUUCGAAUUGGCCUCUACGACUCCGUCAAACAGUUCUACACUCCCAAAGGAGAGGACCACUCCAGCAUUGCCAUCAGGAUUUUAGCAGGCUGCACCACGGGAGCCAUGGCAGUGACCUGUGCCCAGCCCACAGAUGUGGUGAAGGUCCGAUUUCAAGCCAUGAUACGCCUGGGAACUGGAGGCGAGAGGAAAUACAGAGGGACUAUGGAUGCCUACAGAACCAUUGCCAGGGAGGAAGGAGUCAGGGGCCUGUGGAAAGGGACUUGGCCCAACAUCACAAGAAAUGCCAUUGUCAACUGUGCUGAGAUGGUGACCUAUGACAUCAUCAAGGAGAAGCUGCUGGACUCUCACCUGUUCACUGACAACUUCCCCUGUCACUUUGUCUCUGCCUUUGGAGCUGGCUUUUGUGCCACAGUGGUGGCCUCCCCUGUGGAUGUGGUAAAGACCAGAUACAUGAAUGCUCCCCCAGGCAGGUACCACAGCCCGCUACACUGUAUGCUGAAGAUGGUGGCGCAGGAGGGCCCCACAGCCUUCUACAAAGGAUUUAUGCCCUCCUUUCUGCGUUUGGGAGCCUGGAAUGUGAUGAUGUUUGUAACCUACGAGCAGCUGAAACGGGCCUUGAUGAAAGUUCAGGUAUUGCGAGAAUCUCCAUUUUGAACAAGGCAAGUGGCCACUUGUUGCUUUCCUCAUAAGAGGCUACCUAGAAUAGAAUCAAACUGCAGCUCUCUGCCCAGUGGACCCAGCGGACUCAGGGGAUCCUGGCCCACACAGAACUCUGUGCUCCUUGCUGACUUGAGAAACUGAACUAAAAGAGGAGGCAAGUUUUAGCCUUCCGUGUUUUGUCCUAAAAAACCUUUGUUUUUCACUGACCUGAUGGGAAUUAAAUUAUAUUAAUUUUUUAAACCCUUCUGGUUUGACGCCUAACAUUUAGGCAAGAGAAAACAAAGAACAUUAGAUUCCUUUGGACAAAAGGGAGAUUUGCCAGCUUCCCUGAAAUGUAGGAUUCGACGAUGAAUAAAAAACAGGAAAGGUUGCAAGCUUUGGGAAGAUCAGCUCACUGGAACCCCAGGGAUAGUUGCACUUAACUACAAAGCUGUGACUGCAGCCUUUGCAGUCACUCCGGGACAUCUGCCCUUCUGUACUGAAUCUGCCAAGUGGACUCCAGUAGGAUGCUGGGGAAAAUGAGAAAGGAAGAAGAAAACAUUGAGCCCGUACAAACGAGGCUGACUGGGCCCCCCAGGACACUAGAGGACUGAGGAUGUACGGUGGAUCACAGCCCCUCCCUAUCUACCUCAGGGUGUUGGGAGAAUCGAGAGAGAAGCAGGGCAUGGAAGCACUUUAUAAAAACAAUGCCCGUCUGCAGAGGUAAAGUGAAGACAAUCAUUUGUGCCGUGGGAACCUGCUGUCUGGUGACCUCAAAGGGCUGUGGGUCAGGACCCAGAAUCUUUAUAAAAUUGUUAUGCCUCAAUAAAAAAAAAUUCCCACCUUAAGGAAAAUAAGAACGGCUGCUUUCCAGCCUUCUCUCUCUGACAGAUUUUCUCAAGCCCUGCUUGUCAGGGUGGCAACAGACCCAAUUCCACCCUCCUAGACUUCCUUCUCUCUCACUGCCUUUGCCUGCAGAGACAAUGCUGCGGUUGAUAAGCCUUCAGCCUUCCAUCUACACAAAGGAGGGCUGAGUACAGGACCAAUUUCCAAGCUUAAGACUGCACAUCUGGCAACAAAAUGGCUCAGUGGGCUCAAUCAAUAGGACCCACAUGGUGGAAGGAGAGAAUUGACUCUUGCAAGUUGUCUUCUGACCACCACACAAGCAUCCAUACAUGCAUGUGAAUGUACAUAUGUACAAACACAAAGAAAAGUUUAACUGCACAUGGCAGUUCAAAGGAGAUGUCCCCCAGAUGCCUCAGGCAUUUGAAUACUUGGUCCCCAGUUGUUAGUGGCUGUUUGGUGAAGUCUAGAAGAUGGGGCCUUGCUGGAAGAAGUGUGUCAAUGGAGACUGGCUUUGAGAGUCCAAAGACUCGUGCUGUUCCCAGUUUUUCUAUUUCCUGGUUUUGGUUUGACACGUGAGUUCUCAGUGGCUGCUCCAGCCACUGUGCCUGCUGCCAGACCUCCUUGCCAAGAUGGAUGCUUUCUCUCUGGAACUGUCAGCCCCAAAUAAAACUUCCUUCUCUAAGCAACUGCCUUGGUCAUGGUGUUUUAUCACAGCCAUAGA